CUCAUUCAUUUGGUCAGGAGUAACAUCUGCGAUUCACCGAGCGUGUGUGGUUUCACUGGUACCUCGACGAUCGCUGGAACUUGCGACCCUUUGAAAGGCGCUGCCAUUAUAAACGACGUUGGCCUACACACGGGAUACCACAUCGCCCACCAUCUCGGCCACACGUUAGGUAUGUCGCACGACGUCAAAGAGGAAAAUGGCUGUCCGGGCAUUAUUCAUCACGACGAAAAUUACAUCGAAACGACGGUCAUGCAUCCCGGUAACUUGUACAUCACGAGAAAGUGGUCCGUGUGUUCGAAAGAAUCGCUGAAAUUGUACAUCGAAACAGAUUUAGGAUUCUGUUUGGAGGACAAGCAGCAAAAUUACGAGUUCCCCAGCACGGAACUUCUUCCAGGAGUGAUGUACAACGCGGAUGACCAGUGUCGAAUAGAAUACGGUCUCGAGGCCCGCCACUGCGAUUUGGAAGUGAAGUGCGAGAGCCUGAGGUGCGCCAUUCCGGGAAAGGGUUGCGUGUCCACGAUGGAACCAGUGGCUGACGGCACGCGCUGCGGGGAGAACAGGUGGUGUUACGGAAUGAAAUGCCUGCUGGUCGGAGAAAAGCCUGGUGUCGUGGACGGUGGUUGGAGCAAUUGGUCACCUUGGAGUCGAUGCUCCCGAACCUGCGGUUCCGGCGUCACACUUUCGGUCAGAAGAUGCGUCAAUCCUGUCCCAUCGAAUGGCGGCGCUUUCUGCAGAGGCGACAGGAAACGUCACAAAAUAUGCGCCACAGAGCCGUGCGACGUGGACGCCCCCUCGUUCCGCGAUGUCCAGUGCAGCGGGUACAACAACUGGGUCUUCCCAGAAGACGGGAAACUUCACCAAUGGUCCGAGUACAAGCUGCCCGAGGAUCUGAGAAUAUCGGAGAAUCCAUGCACGCUUUACUGCGUGAACGAGAAGAACGUGGUCGCCUCCCUGAGUCCAAGAGUCAUAGACGGCACCACCUGCUACAGGGGUAUCCGGAAUAUUUGCAUCGGUGGUAUUUGCCGCGAGAUACCGUGCGAUCUCAACAUGGAGUCGAACGCCAUUGAGGACGCGUGCGGCGUGUGCAGGGGCAAUGGGACUUCGUGCAGCCUCAAGGAAUACACGACAACGAUCGUGCAAGCGUUACACCCAACGAGGCUGGUCGAGAUCCCUGUCUACGCGACCAACGUCCGUGUCGAGGAGAUGGAACCCUCGAAAUCCAGGAUAAUGGUGUGGAGCAAGGAUGAGAAGCCGUUAAUUCGUGGGGAUCGUUUAGGAUUGUUCGAGGUUGCCGGCAUGAAGAUAUGGUUAGGGGCGAUAAGAUUGAACCAGGAGGCUCUCAUCAUACCAGGACCCAUCCUCGAGGACUUGAUUAUAUUGAUUCUGCCGAAAGAGAACGUGACGGUGAGGUAUUCGUUCGGCGUGAGAGAGAAGAGCCCUCGUAAGCCCGAGUUCUCGUGGAACUUUCUCGACUGGGAAGAGUGCAACGCGAAUUGCGGCCCAGGCGAGCAGAUUUCCAAGCCUCGUUGCCUGGAGAAACACGCGGGCAUAGUGGAUGACAUUUUCUGCAAAAGCAUGGCGAGGCCGCAGGAAAAAGUGAGACCCUGUUAUCGGGCGCCCUGUGUCCCGAGAUGGAUGAUCGGUGAUUGGCAAGGAUGCACAUCCUGCACGUUCCGUUGCGAGAACACGCGAUCUGUCAAAUGCGUACGCCCCGUCGGUCAUUCCGAGCAGGAUGCAGAUAUUAUCGCUGACAGCUACUGCGUAGGGCCGAAGCCAAAGGAACGGGAGCCCUGUGCCGGCCGGGAGAAACGUAACAACAAUGUUUCAACAGCACGCUCGAAGCGGUGGAAAAAUUCGGGCGGAAAGAAAUUACGAAUUAAAAGAAUGCACGAAGAGGAAGACGACGACGACGACGACGAUGACGACGACGAGGAAGACAAAGAAGAGGAAAAAGAGAGCAUUCCGAAGAUAAAGAAGGGUGAAGAAGUGAUCGACAGCAAGGAUAUUAAUAAUUUAACCUUAACCAUCAUUUUGGAACGUGAUGUAACCGGCGCCUUGAUCUUCCCCAAGGAUUUCGUGCCUCAACCACCGCCCAACAGUACCACGUUUACUUUGGUUGGAAUGGAUGCAGUCAAGUAUAUUCAAAAAAUUCAAGAAGAGGCCGUGAUCGCCUCUAAACGUUCUUAACGAGUUAACCUAAUUGAAAAUCGAUAUAUACAUUAUUCGCGUUACGAUCGUGUGCCCAGAGAUCUGUGUAUUAAUCGUUAUAAUUAUGAUUAAUUUAAUGUACGUGCAUUAUGUACAUUACACGAAAUGCAUUAAAUAUCACGUUUCAAUGCGAGAGUGGCCGUCUCUUUAAACGAUUAAAACAUUGUGACAUUGAUGGAAAUGAUGGAGCGUAGAUGUUGUUGAAUCUGCAAUACCGACCGGACAGGCGUAAGAUAAUUUCGUAAUAAAUCGACUUGGCAUUAAAAUAUUAAUGCGUCGAUUAAAAAUACGAUAGCACCGGGACAAACCGCCAGCACUGUCACUGUUUCGCAUUUUAUUUCAUCGUUGCCGUUCAAUUUGCCGUCAGAUUACGCACGCUUGCCAGGAAAUCGAAUUAUAUUCGACGCGGAUCGGGCUUUUAUCCGAUAUCCAAUUGAAUUGAAUUAAGUGUGCAUACAUUAAAUAUUGUUGAAAUACAAAAGAGAGAGAGAGAGAAAACGACACGUAUUUAAUAUAUAUAAUUUAAUUAGCUUAUCUAUAUUUCUCGAUACUUCUAAAUACAUACUCUUACAAUACGAUACUUUUAAACGCUCUCUUAAACGUUAUUCGAAUAAAGUAUCAUUAUUAUUAUUAUUAUUAUAAUAAUAUCAAAUAGUUAUCGAUAUUAAGUUAUUUAAACUGUACAAAGACAAUGCACUUGGAUUUAUCUUGAAUUAAUUCGACGACGAUAAUAUAUCACGUUUUUCAAAUUGGUUAAAGUUUCACAGUAUCGGAGGGGAGGGGGAGGGGUAGAGGGAAUAGAGG